AUUUUGUUGGCUCCUCCUUUUUCUGAGACUCUGCUGAGUUGAACUUGAUGAUGGCAGAAGGGUGGAAAAACUACGGUAUUUUAAGGGUUCCUGGCUUGCCAGCUCCUACAGGUUCUUAUGCCGUUGGUUCAGUGGAUCUAAUGCAUGAGGGACUCCUUGUACGCUUGUACUAUCCAACUGAGAGGGAAGGAGCUGCCAAUCACGAGUACGGGAAGCUGACAUUCAGAGGAUACAACUAUGUUAAAGCUUUUUUGAAUGCAUACGAUAAGAGUUUUACUGGGCUUUUUUCUGGUGUUUUUAACUUUCUGACUGAUGUUAGAAUGCCGGCUCACCUCAAAGCUCAACUCCUUUCUCCUCCUAGUGAAGGCUCUACUACAAAACAGUAUUUCCCACUAAUUGUGCUCAGUCAUGGCCUCAGUGGCAAUUUCUUUGCUUAUUGUGCAAUUUGUUGUGAUCUUGCAUCUCAUGGAUACGUGGUAGCAUCAGUGGAACACAAAGAUGGAUCCUCUUGUACUGCUCUACGUCGUGUGCCUGGUCCAGGAGUACAGGAAGGAGAUUAUGAUAAUUAUAAGGAUGAGUUUAUACCUUUUGAUAAAACUUAUCCAAUGACCAGACCUCGCGAAGUAAGAGAAACUGGAUUUGAACUUCGAAACAGACAAGUUAAAAUACGUGCUGCUGAGGUUGGACAGGUUUAUGAUUUGUUUAAAACACUGAAUGAAGGAGGAACAGUGAAGAACAUGCUAGGAGGAGGAGACAGCUUUGAUUUUGGUCAGUUUAAGGAUCGUCUUGAUCUUGAGAAAGUUGCUGUCAUGGGACAUUCAUUUGGUGGAGGCACUGUUGUACAGACAAUGGUUCAGGACAAACGCUUUAAGUGUGGAUUAGCACUGGAUUCAUGGUUGUUUCCAAUUGAAGAAGAAGACCUGGAGAAAAGUUUAGACAGGCCACUAGUUUUCAUUAACAUUGAUACAUUUCAAUGGCCAGAGAAUGUUGCUAAAAUGAUGAAAUUUGUUGAGAGAAAUGAAGCAACCAUGUACACACUAAAAGGAUGUAAUCAUGUUACACAAACUGAUUCUGGCUUUGUAGAAGUUCCUGGUUUAGCAAAGAUGUAUCCUGACCCAAUACUGGACAAGUAUGUAGGUCAUCAAGUGAAUAUGGAUCUCUGUCAUGCAUUUCUUAACAAACAUCUACUGAAUACUCCUGAGUAUCAAGGUGCUGUACCAAUCCUGAAUGGAGGAGAAGGCUCCUCUGAGCAUGUUAUCCUUGGAACCAAUAUUGAUUGGAAAAGUGCAAAACAAGGAACCACUCCUUUACCACUUGAGCCCAGUACUCAAAAUCCUGAUCAACAAAGCAAUCAAAAGCCUAAAGCUGACCCUGAUCAACCAACCAAUCAUCAAGAGCCUAAAGCUGAUCCUGAUCAACCAACCGAUCAAGAGCCUAAAGCUGAUCCUGAUCAACCAACCGAUCAAGAGCCUAAAGCUGAUCCUGAUCAACCAACCGAUCAAGAGCCUAAAGCUGAUCCUGAUCAACCAACCGAUCAAGAGCCUAAAGCUGAUCCUGAUCAACCAACCGAUCAAGAGCCUAAAGCUGAUCCUGAUCAACCAACUGAUCAAGAGCUUACCACUGGUGAUGUAUCAAAACAAGAUGAAGAGCCCAAUGAAUAAUGAAGAACAAGCUAUUGACUUCUCAUUAAUAAUUUUACUAAUAAUCGCUAAUUUCUCUUUUAAAGAUACAUAGAUACUAUUAUGAUUGU